AUGGCCACCCAGCGUCACUAUUACCAGCCUGCUGCCUACCCAUACCACCAUGCACCCUCCAAGGCACCGGCACCAGCUUCUCUCUACCCCAUUUCCAGGGUCUCUAGCUCCCCACCAGACUUCUCUGAUGCAAGCACCACCGCCGGCAGUCGUUCCUCUGGUGGGCUCACCUUCAGCUCUGCUGGCGAGUACGACUCCAGCUUUGCAUCGUACUCCGGUGUCGAUGUCGUGGAUGUCCUAAGCGACCGCAUGCAGGAUGCAUUUGAUCCAACACCAUUGGACAAGGGUCUGGCACGACAGGCGCAGACAUCUGGCCAGCUGAACGCAAAACAGCAAGAACUGCUGGAGCUACAAGCGCUCGCCCAACGACGACUAAAAGGCGCACGAGCAAAUUUCUCCGAAGGCCUUAAAACCGCAAGAGAGACAAAGCGCGACCUGGAAUGGACGCAAAAGCGUGUCAGUGCCCUGAAAGCUAAGGCCGAGAAGGCCCAUCCUGAUGAGUACCGCCGCUCUUCGAAGAAGUUUGCUCAUGAUGGCUAUUGA